UUGUUUUUUAUUUUGUUGUUUAUUUUGUAUUUAUUCUGUUUCAUAUAUAUUGUACAAAUCAAAUUCACAACAUAAUUUUUAUCUUUUUUAACAAAAUAUUUAUUAAACUUUUUUCCUCCCUUUCCUUCUUUUCUUUUUCUUCUUUGCCUUCCUUUAUUCUUCUUGCAUGCCAGACAAGGUUCACUAGUUAGAAAUGAAAAAAUUAGGAUCAUUCCAGCUAUCUCCAGACCUGGAGAUGAAGAACAAGCGGACAUAUAUGAGGAUUUAGGAGGGCAACUCAUAGAAGAGUUUUUAGAAAACAAUCAUCAGAACUGGCAAGAAACAAAGCUAAAAGGAAUCCAAAGCUUUUACAAAACUAAUGAAAAUUAUCACAAGCAAGAAAAAGUAAAAUAUAAGAACUGGCAACAGAUGGAACUCCAAGAGCAAUAUAGAAAAUUUACUGGCAUAUCAAAUUUUGGUACUGAGUCAGAAAUACUUCCUGUUUCCAGAUACCCUAAGGAAUAUAAUACCAUAGAUAGGAGAAGGAAAAAGAAAGUUAUAUGCAAUAGUUUUGAAGACAGUGAAAGAAGCCAGUAUGAUCAUAGAAACUUGAGAUCUCAUGAUUCUAUCUCAGGUGCUAAAGUAGUAAGUAAAUCUGACAUUAAAAAUAAAUUCUCAGAAUAUGCUAGUGCUGAAAAAUAUAACUUUUGCCACACUGAAAAAAAACCCCUAUUUUACCCUAUUUUGCGCCCAUAUAAAAAUGGGCUUUUAGUUAAAAGUGGCAAGUGUGCCACCAAGUUGGAAAGUGUUGAAUAUGAUGAUUCAAAUUGUCUUAAAGAUUGCAAGAAGAUAAUUAGUUUAGAAGAAUCCAAAACUAAUUUUACUCCAGUAGAUAUUCCUGAAGAAUCUGAUAGUAGCAUUUCUGAUGAACUGCAUUAUUCCCUUGUUUCACCAGAUGAGCUGGAUAAGCUGUCUUUACUUUCAUUUUGUCCAUCAAAUACCUGCCAUUAUGAAGAGUAUCUUGAAAACUCUCAUGUAACAAAUCCAGCUUUCUCUCCACAAAGGCUGAAUUGUGACGCCAACAUGCAUAAAGAGAACAAGGGAGGUCACAUGAAAGUGUUAGUGCAGUCUCCUAUGGAGGAACCUCAGGAGGAAUAUGUUGAUACCAUGGAUGAGUUACAGUGUUUAGUGGAAACAGUGUCUGAAUAUUUAGCUGAGAAGGAAGAAGAAAUCAAUAAAUUUAGUUCUCUUUCAAACUCUAAAACAAAAUAUAAACAGAAUAGUACUUUUGAUACUGUUGAUCAGAAGCCACCAGUAGAUCAAAUACCACCUUUAUCUUCACAGGAGACUGGCAAAGAUAGCAAAGUCAAGACUCUUCCCCUCCCUGAGUUGACUGGAGUGAAAAACACAGUCAGCUCUUUGUUUACUUCAUUCACUGAAAAGGUAGGCUCAGGCACAAAGCAUCUCUCUGCUUCUGUGGAGAAGCUUGUUAACUUAGUUCCUGAGAAAACAGAAAUCUCUCCCCAAAAGGAAAGUAGUUCAGAUUCUAGGACUAGAGCCAGUUCAGUAUCAUCGAGCCUAAAAAUAGGUGGCCAAAUCGAAAGAGAUCUUUCCAUGUAUUCUCCAUUACCCUCUCAAACAAGUGACGAUGCAAAUGAUGCCAGAAGGGACAUAACCUCUGAAAAUGAUUGUAAAACCACUAAGACUGUGGCUCCAAGUCUUCAGGAUUCACCAGAACCUAUCAGAAUCCAACCCAAUCCAUCAGAAAGUACUAAAAAGGACUCACCUUCCCCAGAGAUUCAGAAUUCAGUCAUGAGUUCUAUUUUUAAUAUGAUAAAUCCAUUAAAGAUGUUUUCAGAAAAGGAAGAAACAAAAAAAGUUGACCAGAGUAUUCUAACAACAAAAGUAAGCCACUUAACAGUUGACCAUGAGUCAGUACAAAAGGAAGCUACCUUAAUAAAUGACAAUAAUUGCAGUGUAGUGCUAGAUGUGAAUUAUAAAGAGACUAUUAGCCAGACCCAAAUUCAUCCAUGUGAGGAUUUGCCAUCUUCAGGAGUAACCAAUGAACUUCUAGACCCAGUUAGUUCUUCCUAUGUGAAAGAUAACAUGAGGAGCCUUUCAGAAGAACAGACAUGUACACAUGUGCCUCACCUAUCAAGUCAACAAGAAAUAUGUGCCAAAGAUAUAUCAGGAGUUCCUUGUGGAUCAGGUGGUAAAAAUGAAAAUCAAAGUGUAAAUGAGGAGACUUCUUUACCACCUUUAAAGCCAGAUAAAGUAUCUGAUGACAGUUUUUUUCUUAGCCCCUUAAAAAAAUCCUUUACUCAAUUUUUUCUUACUUCCUCUGAAUCAUCUUUAAAAGAAGCUUCAUUUGUAUCUAUGGAAGCUCACCAGUCUUACGUUUCAGAAAGCAGUGCAAAGAAAAAUAGACGCUCAUUUUCCUUAAGUGGGAAGCUACAUGUUCCAUUUUUAGGGUCUCUUGGUAGUUUUGAAAAGCAGCAGGAUUUAAAGGAAAAUGGAAGCAUCUUUCCUUCUAUAUUUAAAUUUGCUUCCACUGACAACAUUACAACCUCUUCAAAUCAGUAUUGUCAUGGUCCACCAUUAGCUGCUUCUAAAGAACCUAAAAGCAAUUGCCCAGAAGUUUCAAAAAAUAGUUCAACAAAGUCCGAUUCCAUUGAAACUAUUUCCAGUCUUCCAGAUGAGUUUAAUGAUACACAAAAAAUCCACCAAAGUAAUCACAAUCUAGAAAAUGGAAAUCAAUAUGAUAAAGAUACCUUGGGCAUCCCUAUAGCUAUACCCAUAGUACACAAUAUUUCUAAUUUUUCAGGAAGAAGUGAAAAUUUAAAUCAAAAAGUAAAAACUUCAAUAGUAUCAGAUUCUUCAUUAGUUUUAAAUGCUGACUUCACAAAAUUAACAUCAGUUUGUGAAAGUAAAGAUAAUGCUCCUGAGAAAAGUACUAGUCAAGACCUACUUUAUGGACAGCUAAGAUUUUCUUCUGAAAGUUUACUCAGUCCACAAGAAUUAAAUAUGAAAAGUGAAAGUCAUUAUCAGAGAAAUAGUACCUCAGGUUUGCUUUCUGGAAUAUUUAAAUUUGUAUCAGAUGAAAAUGUGGCAGAUGGUAAACCAAAUGAGGUUAAGUUCAAGUCUUUAGAUUUCAGAAAAUGGUUAGAUGUAAGUAGAUAUUCUAGCUUUGAUGAAAUGCCUGUGAACUCAGAUGAGACUACCAAUCAAGAGAAUCAUAUUGUAAAGCAAGAAACUUCUAGCAAUUUGACAGGCUUCUUAUCUUUGCCUGAAAAGAAAGAUAAAAGCAUACAAGUAAGUGAGUCUUUAGUAGAUGAAAACUCUACAAGAACAAAUAUACCAGAUAAAAAGAACUGCAGUUCUUCUGAGUAUGCUCUUUCUCAUAGUAGUCCUAGUGCUCAACAGGAAGUUGUGAAGAAAUCUUUAUCUAAGGAACAGUUUCCUCGGCAAAUUCCUGAGCCAAAACAACAAGAAAAUUCAAGUGAAUUGAAUUCAAAUUUACUGAGGAAUACAAUUAUCUGCACAUCAAAUUAUUACCAGACUUUUGAGGAAACAAAUUGUCCUUUGGAUUUUGAAUGGAAUUCUGACUUGAAAGAUUUCUCUGGAGAUCUCAAUAAAAUCAUGCAACCAAUUUAUUAUGUUUUAAAGCAAAAUACCCUUCCAUUAGCUGAGCUUUUCUCCUGCCCUCAAUCAGAUGGUUCAAUAGUUAAUCUUUGCCAAAAAGAUGAAAACACAAAUAUAUUAGAAUGGAGAACAAAUCCGGAUGGUGUUGACUGCAGUGAGUUGCCAUAUGAAUCACUUGACCAAUUAGCAUUUCACGAAGACUACUCAGUAAAAGAGAGUAUGUGGGCAGCUAACUCAUUGGAUGGAAACUGUAAUAAUAAUUUUCCACUUUUUGAAGCUAAUAAGUAUUUGUUUGAAGAAUUGCCCAUUGACUUAAGUUAUUCUUCAGGUUAUAACCAAACAUUGUGGACUCUAAUUGAUCAAGAGUCCUUGGGAAUGGAUGAAACUUUUGCAUUUUUAAAUUUUGAUUACAAGUAUCAUGAAUGGUUGUCAUGGCUUGAAAAUGGAAUAUGGUGGCCAUCAGAGAAUAGGGAAUAUGGACAUUAUGUGUACAGUGAUGGCCAAUAUAUCUAUUCUCUGCUUACUGAUUCUACUGGGCAAUAUGUAUAUGUAUAUAGACCUGAUUCUUAUUUUCAAGAGUAUUUGAACUAUGAUUUCCAGAUGGAUUCUAUAUCAAAUUCUAUGUUAGAUGAUAACAUGAUAUCUAUGUGUGGCUUCAAAGUCCUUCUUGGUAGUGAAGAUGAAUUACUUUGGUGUGGUAAAGAGAAGCAAUUAGAUGACUCUAUUAAUAAGCCUCUUGAUUUGUCUAUGGCAUUGCACAGAAAUGAUAAAUUAAUGAAUAUGAAUUUUGAAACCUUUUCAGAAAUGGUUGAGGAAUCUAUAUAUUGUCAGAAUGAUCAGCCAUUAGAUUUUUCAGGAUAUAAAUUUAAAAAGUUCAAAGUAAUUUUAGGACAUGAAAAAGAAAAAGCUGAAUAUCUUGAGGAUAUCCUUGAUUUGAGAAGUCAACCCAAAAGACUUGAUAGUUGGGAUUUAAGUGGACAAACUCAGAUAAAAGAGAAAAAUAAAAGGCAAUUUAUAGGUAAAGAUUCAUUACAUGAAAAUUCUGAUUUCCAUAUGCAACAGGCCUCUUCUAAACUAGCUGUACCUUUGGUUUUUCCUGAAAACACAAGCACAACCCCUAAAGAUCUACCAAAGAAGUUGCCUACAAAUAAAAUGACUUCUUUUUUUUCUACUUUGGGUGAUUUGGUGGAGAAGACUUUGAAUUAUGAUAAAAAUGGGUCCUUUGAGACUUCUGCCUUGAAAAAAAUGGACAUACAGUUACAAUCAACUGAGUUACCAAGUGAUGACUUUUCAAGUGGGUUAUUUGCAGAGAGCUCAGAAACUAUGGAAGAAACUCCUAAGAAGGAUGCAAAGAGACAAGCCAUUUCUAAUAUUCUAAGUUCAGAAAUUACUAAAAAUCAAAACACUCAUGUGAAAAAGGAAAGUUUAAGAUCAGCUUCACAAUUAAGUCAAAUAACUCCUGAUGUUAAACCAGAUGGAAAAGGGCAUAAACUUAUUACAGCUGAUCCUAUUCUAACCCUUUUUGGAUCUCAGUCCGAUAAAAAUGAACCAAAAGAAUUUAAACUUCCUAAGAGUCAAUCUUCCAUAGAACCAGAGGAAACGCUAUUUAAAAGUGCAUUGAAACUUUUUGGUUGGGGAGAAGAUUCUUCUGUAACUACAGCAAUAGAUAAAACCCAGACAUCUGGAUUUUUUGACUUCUUUAAGACCCAGAGUAAUAAGGAUAGUUCACCAAACCUGGCAAGUAGUAGUGGUAAAGAAGAAAAGGCACAAUCCCAGGAAAAGAGAGAAUCUACAGGUAUUUCAUCUCUCUUUGGUUCCCUUGGAGAUCUCUUUAAAGUAGAUGUGUCCCCUUUACAGUCAACUGAGAAAGUUUCCACUCCUUCAGGUAUUGACAGCCAAGAAAUCAUCAUGACAAGCACUGAUGUCAUGCAGCCAGGCAGCCAGGAUGACAAUGUACUUCCUUCUACUACGCCAAUUUCUUUAUCAAGAAAACCUAAAACUAGAGUCCUGAACAAACAGGCUACUAUUCAUGACAAUGAGCCAAAGGAAUCUUCAAUUGGAGAGAUCCAAAGAAAGAAUAGUUUAGGAAAAGGCAUCUUAGGAGAUCAGCCACUGAGUUCAACUCCCUAUGUUAAUCAUCUUGAAAAAUUAUCCAAAGACUCUCCAUUGGAACAUAGUGGAAGUUUGUCUUUAGUGACUAUGGAGGACUCGCGAGAUAACCAGAAGUCUUCUGAUGCAUUGAAUGGAAUUAAUUCAAACAAACAAGAUGUGUUUUUUGGCAUGAAAGGGAAUUUUUCAACCACUGCAAACUCUCCAUCAAAUUCAAAGCUUCCAACUAGCAAAAGUAUAUUUUCUUUUUUGACUGAAACAGAAAAACCUAAAAAAAAAGCUCCUGACAGUAGCCCACAUGCUAAAUUUCAAGAAGGAGAAGGAUUAUUUAAACUACCUUCCUUCUUUUCCUCUAGGGGUUUUAGCAGUAAGAAAAGUGUGUCUCAGAGUAGUUCCAGUUUUGGUUUCUUUGACUUGUCUUUUUGGGACGAAAAGCAGCAAAAUACUGUUGAGAAACAAAACCUUGGCAACGUAUCUCCUGUGACUUCUCAACCCUCUAAGCUGCCAUGUGAUUUUGUAGCCACCAACAACAAAAAGGACAGACAAGAAGGUUUAGAUGGGAAAAUAGAUAUCUCACCUAUGGAGGCAUUGCAUGAGCAGAAAGUGGCUACUGGCACUCUUCUCCAUGACACUAUAGAUAUCAUACCUGAUGUGGUCAAGUGUAAUGGAGAAACAAAAACCCAUUCACCAGAUUCUCCGUCUUUAGUUCAGGUUGUUCAGUUACAAAAAGACAGUUCUUAUUCUCUAGAACAUCAAGCACCAGAGAAUACUUUACUUGUGGACACAGAAACCACAAAACCCUAUUUGGAAACACCUUAUGAAAAAGAAGAUUUGGGUCAGAAAAGUUCUACUAGUAAUUCCCUAUGUAAUUCCUUUUCAUAUGAUAUCCAUAUGUCUGAAAACCUAAAUGAUCUUAGUGAUUCUACUAACAUUCAAAAAAAUGAGAGUUUAACAGGGGACCAAUUAAAUUUGCCUAAAAAUUUAGUCAAGCAGUCAACUAAUAAUGAUAACUUACAGCAAGACCUUGAGUUAGCCCCUUUCUCUAAUCAGCCUUUGAAUACAUUGAAUUCACAGAGCAAACCUGUAGAAGCCCCAGAAGGAAAUUCAGUUUUGGAUUCCUCAUCAGAAAUAUUUUCAGGCUUCAUAACUAAAAUGAAAUCUUUCUCUGGGAGAAUGAGUGAAUCUCCCAAAACAUUCUCUGGACUUUUCUCCCCAUCUCAAAUGGCAGGAGGAGCUUCUCAAUCUCCAAAGAAAAGUUCUUUUUUUGGUCUUUCAUCUAGCACAUCAUCUCAGACUCUCACAGGAGACUUGUUUAGCAUAUUUAAAAGUCCCAAGCCAGAGACUCAUAAGCAAGAUUCACAUUUCCAGGUGAGUUCCCAGCUUCCAGACAAUUGUCCCAGAGAGGCUGUGGAAUCAGUAUCUCAAAAAGAAGCCAAAAAAGAAGAAAGCUCAGAAGCUCUUCCUUUGGAAUCAGCUAUCAAUGACCCUGAAAGGGCAGGAGGAAUUGAAAAGUCAGAAGCUUUGACAGAUGGCUCUAGAUUGAGAACUGAAAUAGAGGACAAUCAAACUCUUCUCAUUGAACCCAAAGAACUUGAGUUAAAUGCUUCUGAUUCUUCCAUUUCAGGGCAUAAUGAUGUAAUGAGAACAUUGCCUCUGAAUAAUGCAAGGGAGAAUGGAGCAUUGCAAGACACUGACGUAGAGCACACAUUCCAGACAGAGAAUAUUUCAGUUACCUUAGAAGUGGAAACAGACCCUGCCUGUAUAACCACCCAGACUCCUCUCCUAGCACAGGCUCUCAAUGGAGUUUCUGAACCUUGUCUAAGUCAUACUCUGGAGCCAAUAUCAGACCUGCCAAUUGCUCAGACAAGUCAAGACUUAUUGGAAUCAUGUUUAAAUAAUGAAUUAAAAACUGAAAAUACUCAGGAUGAUCAGGCAAAAGUCAAUUUGUGUCUGCUCAGCCUAGACAGCACAACAGAGACCAAAGGACAAGUGGAGGAGCAAUUGGAGAAGUGUACUGUUCCAGAAGCAAAGGAAGAAACUGGCCAGUGCCAUGCCCUGAAGAACCUACCCACUGUUCCCCCAGAAACAAGCCAUCAAAAAUCUAGAUUUGACAUUCCAAAUAUGCCUAAUUUGCCAAAGUUUGAUUUCAUGUCCUCUGCUGCUGAUCGUGGGAAAUCAUUUGGCUCUUUCUUUUCUCCUGUGUCCUCUUCUGGGAAUAGAGUUUCAACAGAAUCUGGUUUCAUGUCAGGUUUUAAGAAAUUUUCAGUUUUAUUUGAAGGAAGUAAUGAGGAAAAAGGAAAUGCAAUAGAUAGCGGCUUAAAAUUAGGAUUUGGAAAGAAGCUGGACAUUCCAUUUCUGUGGCAAAAAGAAAACAAGGAGAGUACUGCUCAGGGGCCUCCAGAGACUCUUCCUCUAGUUUCAGUAAUAGGCAGUGAUCAAGGCCAGGGGACUCCAGAGACCCUUCCUCCAGUUUCAGUAAUAGGCAGUGAUCAAGGACAAGGGACUCCAGAGACCCUGCCUCCAGUUUCAGUAAUAGGCAGUGAUCAGGGUCAUAGCCAAAGUAGAGAAAAUAUGGCUACAGUGUCUCUUGAUGUACCUGGAGCUAAUGUUGAACUAGUUGUAUCCUCCAGCAAUCAGGACAUCAUGCAGAAUGCAUUCAUCAAAGACCUUGCAGGGCCUGAAGUGAUUAAUAGCAAACAAGAAAUGCUGGUAUUUGAAGAGCAUCAUCAGACCGGGAAUAUCUUAUCUUCCUCCAUGGAUCUCAUAGAACAGGAAGGCAAACUUUGUCCCAAGUUUGAGCAGCUGCCUCAGCAGAAGGAAAAGCAAGAGCAAGAAAUUGUGCCUGACAGAGGACUUCUUACUAAUGAUGACCCCUCAUGCAAGCCCCAGCUGACACUGAAAGGAAUCAUGGAAUCAGUGACUGAGAAAAGGCCUGUUUUCAACAGAGCAUAAUAAAUGGUUUUAAGUAAUUGACCAUUUAUAAUGCAAGUGAUAUAGAAGUAGAUCUAAGACCCUGUGUUGUCAUUCACAGCCUUAUUAUAAUACUGUCUUUUUCUAGUAUCUGUGUUUAAUGUUAGAGGUAGGUAGAAUAGACAGUUAAUGUGUCAGUUUCUACAGCCUGUUCCCUUUUUAUUUGUGAUGUUUUUGUGUUAGCUUAUCUAUCCCAUUCCCUCUGGGGCUGUGCUCCUGGGUAUACUGCCUUGAAGAGUUUAGUCAUUUACUCAUUUGCCUCAUUUACUUGUUUAAGAGUCUGCUUUUAAAGAGCAUUAUUCUGAUGCUUGGGGUGAGGGAGAAUCUGUAUUGCAUAAUGAAUGAGUGAAUAUUAGGGUCAGAGUAGAUGGCAAGGAGGAAUAUUAACCAGGAAGAAAAUCAAAUGUUCUAAGUAUUCAGUGAAAGUGGGUCUAAUUAUUUCUUUGUGUCUAAACUACUUAGUCAAAACCUCUCUUGUUCUUUUGUAUUUAGGGGACAAUUUUUUAAACUUCUCAUUUUUUAGUCUUCUGUGGUACUUCCUUCAAAGGCAGUGAAAAUGUAGAUAUAGCUAGAUAUGGAUGGACAAAGAAUAAAAACAAUAAUAAUUCACAUUUAUAUAGCACUUGUAGAUUUUCCAUGUAAAUCUUAAUCUACAUUCAACUCUUGCCCCCAGGCUGCUUAGAUUUAUGAAUUUCCUUCCCUCCCAUUAGUCUUUGAUUAGGAGAGUAGGUCUUUGAUGUUCUUUAUCUGUUUGUCACUGCCCUUGGACUUAAAGGGAGUUGUAAAGUCAGGAGAAUUCCUAAGUAAGCUGAAUCACCUCUACUCAUAGGAUUAGAAUACUGAUCCUCUAGAAGUGAUAGAUCUAUCCUUUGAUGUACCUGUCACAGAUUAUCCCAAGACAUUGUUCAUGACAUAGAUAUAAAGGGCAGUAUUUUCUUUGGAAGAGAGACACAAUCAGGUAUAAAUGAAGAAUGCUGCCUUACCUUUUAUGCCUGGGCCAACUGAACUGGAAUGGUCAUAGCCUUUGCCCAAGUAGAGCCAGUAAUCACUGGUUCAAUUUAUGCUCAGGAAACUGCUCAGAGCAAACCAUGACACAUUUCCUAUCCCAAGAACAUUAGUAAGGGUUAUUGGGACUGGCCCAAUAACUUUCGUUUUUGAAAAAACACUCUAAUUUCUUUCUUUCCCAUUAAAUUUACUCUCAGAGUAGAUGAAGACUUGGCUGUCUGUGGCAGGAAAGUAUCUUGCCUGCCUUCCUCCUUGGGAAAUUCAGCUGCUUCUGGUUUUAUAAUAUUUUAGUAAGGAAAAAAACAAAAGUGUUUGGAGCUGGGGAGAAACAAACAGACCCAUGAGGUAGUUGGUCAUUUUUAUAUCCCAAGUCUAUAUUUUCAGGCCCUGUUGAAUUUGUGAAGCAUCCCUGGGCUUCCCAACUGGAAGACAGAAAUAAUAAAAGGAUAGCUUUAUUGGCUACCUACAGUGGAUUAGUCUUCAGUCAUCCUUUGAGAAGAAAUGCCUUUUUUUCUAAAAAAAAAUAUCUCUGCAUAGUUUGGUAUCACAUUCCAAAGACAGGCUUGUGCUGUGGAUUUGGUUAGUUAAUAGUAAACCUAGGUGGUUGGCCUAAGGUAGCACUUUCCUGCUGUUUUUAUUUCCUCUUCCAUGCAGCCUGCUUUGCCAUUUGUACACUGCCAACCCCUCCCUUAGCUUCCUUCAGUUGCCUUAAUUAGUUCUUGGUGCACAAGUGGAUUACUUAUGGAGGAAUAUAGUAAUAAAGUAUAGAGAAAAAUAUAUAGGGAAAAUAUAUAGAAGAGUAUAUAGGGAGAAGAAUAUAUAGGGAGUAAGAGUAGGGGUAGGGUGAAAUCUAUGGAUCUGAAUAAAAACAUCUGGCAUGGUUCCAAUCUUAAAAAUGGAUUAUAUCCAAUUUAUUCAAAGAUAGAUUAUGUCCAAAUGAUUGAGUGAAUUACUAUGGGAAUCCUACCUGUCAUGGGUAUAUGUUUGUGAUUCUUCCUCUAUGGUCAAAAGUAUAGUUGUUUUAGUCAAUAAAAUAAGAUCAUCCACUAGUAGAGUUUCUGUGGUCCUGAUUUGUUCUUUCCAUGGUUUAUCUCAAUUUGUGACUGACAGCAGAAUGAGCAGUACCAUUUUCCUAUGGUUCAUAUAAGAAUUAAUCAUUUAUAUUUUCAAUGAUAAGGAAAGAGAAAAGGGAGACUUCACUUUAAUGAAAUAAAAGUUUUUUCAAAGAAUCAAGAUCAACCAAGUUUCAUUCAGAGAAAUAGUAAAAAUUAAUAUAAUAUUAAAUCAUUUCAUUUCCAAUGUUCUAACAUAUUCUAUAGGAAAUGAAUACAAAAUUAUAUUUCUGACAGCCACUGGGUAAAAAUUUCCUGAGAAGGUUGUAAGGUAGGAAGAAAUUUUUAGGUAAAAAGUACCACACUAUUUUAAAAAAUUCCAGAUCUUGUCAAUAGAAAUAUAAUGUGCAGGUAAGAAGUCUUUGAAACUGGAUACAAGACUGAUGUUAAAGCUUUUGGCAAACCCAGGAGUCAACUCCAUUUUAUAUUUUUCCUCUACUAUAAUUUUUGUUAAGUAGGAAGUAGUUCUACUAAACUGUGAAGGUCUUUGCACUGAGAACCUAAUGUGAAAUCCCUGAUACUGCAACAUUUUCUUUACUGAUUCUUAAGCGCUGCCUGGGUACUAUUUUAUAUUCAUUUCCUUUUUCCUCUCUAAUUUCUGACUUGUCUUUGUUUUCUACUUCUUC